CAGCCAUCGCAUUUACCAAUGCGUGGCAUCAUCAUCCACACAUGUGCUGUCGCCACCAGACUCUACCAAGCAUCUACCUACGAUGAAGCAUUUUUGGGCUCUUCCAGCCUUUUUGCGACUGGCGAUUGCCAGUCAGCAUCAGUUCAAUGUUUUCGACGACCUCCUUGCCUUCCCUCAGUAUGAGGUGGUCAUUGCCGACGGCGUCAUGUCCGAGCAGGACGCUUCCACUGCUCUCGAAGCCAUGGCCCUCCGGAAGCAUGGCGCAGCUCAUGCAGAACGAAACCCGUCAGCGGAUGCCUCACUGAGUAGAAUACACGGCGAGCAGCGAGAAGCAGAAGGUCGGCCCGUACCAAGUCAGCCGAAUGACCAGAUCCUCUCUUACGAGGAUAUGAUGUUGAACGAUCGCCGUUACCUGUGCAGUAUUCCGCGUAUACCAGAUGCGGAAGCGGCAAAAAACAAGUCAAAAAUCAGCCCGGAAGACGAGGAGAAGGAGCUGGCCCGGGCGACUUCGCGUGGCUGGGGACUGCUCAAAUCGAUGGAGGGCCACUGUUUGUACUUCUACAGCGGCUGGUGGAGCUACUCAUUUUGCUACGGGCAAGGUGUGCGCCAGUUCCACCAGCUGCCUCCAGGCAAGGGAGUCCCGAUAUACCCGCCUGUGGAGGACAAGAGUGUUGAUGCUUAUGUGCUUGGAAAAUAUGGGGAUGCUGAGGGUGGCAAGUCUACACAUGCAGAUGGUGCUGAGGAGGCGAAGGGUCGGUCAAGCUCACGAAGUGGUUCAAGUGAUAAGGGUCUGGCCCAGCUGGAAACAAAGGGUGAGACGCGUUAUCUUGUACAGAAGCUUGGUGGCGGCACAACGUGUGAUCUCACGGGCAAAGAACGUCGUGUCGAAGUCCAAUUCCGUUGCCAGCCAAACCAAGCCGACAAGAUUGCUCUGAUCAAGGAGACUACAACAUGCCAGUAUUUGAUGAUUAUCGAUACCCCACGCCUCUGCAACGACGUUGCUUUCCUUCCACCUCAAGAAUCAAAACCCCACGCCAUAGAGUGCACUCCCGUCUUACCUGCGGCGUCGAUCCCCUCCUACCUUGCCGCCAAAGAAUCGCAGACGGUCUCUGAAGAUGAACGCUUGGCCAAACAAAUAGAAGAAGAAAUUAACGAUGCCAUCAACCUCCUUGAAACGGGCGAGAUCCCCAUGCGCCGUCAAAUCGUGGGAGACGUUGAGAUCGGUGCUCACAAGCUCGUUCCUCCAGGCAAGAAGAUUGAACGCGGCGUCAUUGUAGGCGGAGGGAAGGAGAAACAUAUUGCUACCAUUGCAAAGAGUGGGGGAUGGGUUGCCGCCGAGGAACAGCUGAAGAAAGUGGGAGUGACGAGUAGACAGGACUUGGAUGAGAUCAAGAAGAAAGUAGAAAAUGCGGCGAAUGGCAACAGUUGGCGACUUGAGGUUGUGGAAACUCCAAGGGGGAAAGAGUUGAGGGGGAUUAUUGAAGCCGGUGGCAACGACGAUGAUCUUCAGAAGGGCGACGGUGGAAGUGGAGAGGAGCGAAAUGAUGCACAGGGAACAGAAGGAGGUCAAGAGGACGGCAGUGAGGAAACUUAUAAGGAAGAAUUGUAAUAUAUGCACAUACUGAGAUACCUAAUUAGCGAGCGAGGAAUGAUUUAACAUCUGAGCAACUGUGGG